CGUCCUUCUUCGGGCUAUAAGAAGGCAGAUGAUGAGAUGUCCCGGGCCACGUCUGUUGGUGACCAGCUGGAGGUACCAGCCCGCACCAUUUACCUCAACCAACCGCAUCUCAACAAAUUCCGUGACAACCAGAUCAGUACGGCCAAGUACAGCGUGCUGACAUUUCUACCUCGAUUCUUGUAUGAGCAGAUUAGAAGAGCUGCUAAUGCCUUCUUCCUCUUUAUUGCCUUAUUACAGCAAAUUCCAGAUGUAUCUCCAACAGGAAGAUAUACCACCCUGGUGCCAUUGAUCAUUAUUUUAACAAUUGCAGGCAUCAAAGAGAUUGUAGAAGACUUUAAGCGACAUAAGGCAGACAAUGCAGUUAACAGAAAGAAAACGAUAGUGUUAAGAAAUGGUAUGUGGCAUACCAUUAUGUGGAAAGAGGUGACAGUGGGAGACAUUGUGAAGGUCGUCAAUGGGCAGUAUCUUCCAGCAGACGUGGUCCUGCUAUCCUCCAGUGAACCUCAGGCAAUGUGUUAUGUCGAAACAGCUAAUCUAGAUGGGGAGACGAACCUUAAAAUACGUCAGAGCUUGAGUCACACCGCUGACAUGCAAACGAGGGAAGUGUUGAUGAAGUUAUCUGGAACCAUAGAAUGUGAAGGGCCCAACCGCCACCUCUAUGACUUCACUGGAAACUUGCACUUAGAUGGGAAAAGCCCUGUUUCCCUUGGGCCUGACCAGAUCUUAUUAAGAGGUACACAGCUUAGGAAUACUCAGUGGGUCUUUGGCAUAGUUGUUUAUACUGGACACGACACCAAACUCAUGCAGAAUUCCACCAAAGCACCUCUCAAGAGAUCAAAUGUUGAGAAGGUGACCAAUGUGCAGAUCCUGGUGUUGUUUGGCAUCCUCUUGGUCAUGGCCUUGGUGAGCUCGGUGGGUGCCCUGUACUGGAACGGGUCUCAAGGUGGAAAGAACUGGUACAUCAAGAAGAUGGACACGAGCUCGGAUAAUUUUGGAUAUAACUUGUUGACGUUCAUCAUCUUGUACAACAAUCUUAUUCCUAUCAGUCUCUUGAUGACUCUUGAGGUUGUGAAAUACACUCAAGCCCUUUUUAUAAACUGGGACACGGAUAUGUAUUAUCUCGGAAAUGACACUCCUGCAAUGGCCAGGACAUCAAACCUUAAUGAAGAGCUUGGGCAGGUAAAAUACCUGUUUUCUGACAAAACUGGAACUCUUACAUGCAAUAUCAUGAACUUCAAGAAGUGCAGCAUUGCUGGAGUAACCUAUGGUCAUUUUCCAGAAUUGACAAGAGAGCCAUCCUCAGAUGAUUUCUGCCGGAUGCCUCCUCCCCCUAGUGAUUCAUGUGACUUUGAUGAUCCCAGGCUCUUGAAGAACAUUGAGGAUCAGCAUCCUACAGCUCCUUGCAUACAGGAGUUCCUCACCCUUCUGGCCGUGUGCCACACCGUUGUUCCGGAGAAGGAUGGAGAUGACAUCAUCUACCAGGCCUCCUCCCCAGAUGAAGCUGCUUUGGUGAAAGGAGCUAGAAAGCUGGGCUUUGUCUUCACAGCCAGGACGCCGUACUCGGUCAUCAUAGAAGCAAUGGGACAGGAACAGACAUUCGGAAUCCUUAAUGUCCUGGAAUUUUCUAGUGAUAGAAAAAGAAUGUCUGUGAUUGUUCGAACUCCUUCUGGACAACUUCGACUCUACUGUAAAGGGGCCGAUAAUGUAAUUUUUGAGAGACUUUCAAAAGAUUCAAAAUACAUGGAGGAAACAUUAUGCCAUCUGGAAUAUUUUGCUACGGAAGGCUUACGGACUCUCUGUGUGGCUUACGCUGACCUCUCUGAGAGUGAGUAUGAGGAGUGGCUGAAAGUCUAUAAAGAAGCCAGUACCAUAUUGAAAGACAGAGCUCAACGGUUGGAAGAGUGUUAUGAGAUCAUUGAGAAGAAUUUACUCUUACUUGGAGCCACAGCCAUAGAAGAUCGCCUUCAGGCGGGUGUUCCAGAAACCAUAGCAACUCUGUUGAAGGCAGAAAUUAAAAUCUGGGUGUUGACAGGAGACAAACAAGAAACUGCAAUUAAUAUAGGAUACUCCUGCCGGUUGGUGUCACAGAAUAUGGCCCUUAUCCUACUGAAGGAGGAUUCUUUGGAUGCAACAAGGGCAGCCAUCACUCAGCACUGCACUGACCUUGGAAGUUUGUUGGGCAAGGAAAACGAUGUGGCCCUCAUCAUCGAUGGCCACACCCUGAAGUACGCGCUUUCCUUUGAAGUCAGGAGAAGCUUCCUAGAUCUGGCGCUCUCAUGUAAAGCAGUCAUAUGCUGCAGAGUGUCUCCUCUGCAGAAGUCUGAAAUAGUGGAUAUAGUUAAGAAGCGAGUAAAGGCCAUCACCCUUGCCAUCGGGGACGGUGCCAAUGACGUUGGGAUGAUCCAGACAGCCCAUGUGGGUGUGGGAAUCAGUGGGAACGAAGGCAUGCAGGCGACCAACAACUCGGAUUAUGCCAUUGCACAGUUCUCCUACUUGGAGAAGCUCCUGUUGGUUCACGGCGCCUGGAGCUACAAUCGGGUGACCAAGUGCAUAUUGUACUGCUUCUACAAGAACGUGGUCCUCUACAUUAUUGAGCUUUGGUUCGCCUUUGUUAAUGGAUUUUCUGGGCAGAUUUUAUUUGAACGUUGGUGCAUCGGCUUGUACAAUGUGAUUUUCACCGCGUUGCCACCCUUCGCUCUGGGGAUCUUCGAGAGGUCUUGCACGCAGGAGAGCAUGCUCAGGUUUCCACAGCUCUACAAAAUCACCCAGAAUGCCGAAGGCUUCAACACAAAGGUUUUCUGGGGUCACUGCAUCAACGCCUUGGUCCACUCCCUCAUCCUCUUCUGGUUUCCCAUGAAGGCACUGGAGCAUGAUACUGUGUUGGCCAAUGGUCAUGCCACAGACUACUUAUUUGUUGGAAAUAUUGUUUACACAUAUGUUGUUGUGACUGUUUGCCUGAAAGCUGGUUUGGAGACUACAGCUUGGACUAAAUUCAGUCAUCUGGCAGUCUGGGGAAGCAUGCUGAUCUGGUUGGUGUUUUUUGGCAUCUACUCAACCAUCUGGCCCACCAUUCCCAUUGCUCCAGAUAUGAAAGGACAGGCAACUAUGGUCCUGAGCUCUGCACACUUCUGGCUGGGAUUAUUUCUGGUUCCUACUGCGUGUUUGAUCGAAGAUGUGGCAUGGAAAGCGGCCAAGCAUACCUGCAAAAAAACGUUGCUGGAGGAGGUGCAGGAGCUGGAAACUAAGUCCAGAGUGAUGGGAAAAGCGAUGCUUCGGGAUAGUAAUGGAAAGAGGGUGAACGAGCGGGACCGCCUGUUAAAGAGGCUCAGCAGGAGGACCCCUCCCACUCUUCUCCGAGCAGGCUCCCUCCAGCAGUCUGUCCCACAUGGGUACGCCUUCUCUCAAGAAGAGCAUGGAGCUGUUACUCAGGAAGAAAUAGUCCGUGCUUAUGACACUACCAAAAAGAAAUCGAGGAAGAAAUAAGGCACGAAUUUGCCUGAUUGAUCCUAGGAAAGAGAUGCGGUUUGCUGCACCCAGUGUUAACACAUCGUUGUCGGAAGAGACUGGUGUCAGCAGCCAAAACACCGGAAAACACAUUUCUGUGGCCUUAGCCAACCAGUUUGUUAGUUAUAUAUUCCCUUACAAACCUGGAGUAUAUACCACGGGGGAAGCCAUUUUUUUUCCUUUCAAUUUGUCUGCAGUGCUUGGCCUAACUUUUGUUUACGUUGUUAUGAAGCAUUCAACUGUGCUCUGUGAGGUGUGAAAUUAAAAACAUUAUGUGUCACCAAUAUUUAAACAUCAAUACUAGUUGUUCUGGGAGAAAGGUAAAAGAGUUUUAUGUUGCGUGAGAAAUCCAUCUCGUGGAAUUGGAGCGGGGGCACACUUGCUUCCUGUUUUGUUAACUCACAGAUUAAGUCCACUGGGCAGUGUGUAAACUUCACUUUAGGCAGGUCGCUGCCUUGCUUUGAUUCCUAUUUUGUGUGUAUAAAGUUGGCAUAAACUUCUUGAUUGCAAUGAAAUCACAAAAAUAUAUAUCUGGGAGGUAAACCUGAGAACAUUUGUUUGAACCUCUUAGCCACAUUCCCAGCAGGGCAAACCAAUUGGUGUUCCGACAGAGUCUUCUGCACCAUUCCCAGGUUUCCUUCUGGCUGGUCCUCCCGUUGCUGCCCAGACAUCUCUCAUCCUCAGACCUUGUGCAUGGCUGGCCACUGGGCUCAGUGCAUGGCAGCUGGUGGGCAACAACCCAGAUCUGCAUUCUUCCCUGUUCUACCGCAGAUUCAGAUAUGGAUGCAAAAUCCCUUCUUCCUCCGCCCCUUUCCUUCUAUAACUAAAGAAAAGAAACAUAGCUGUUCCACAUACAUUCUAAACGUUUAUCUGCCUCUUUCUGACAACAUGGGAGCCUCAGGGUCGAAGUGCUGGUACAACCGCUUGGCGCUCCCUGCCCUGGGCAGGCGCUUAAUACUCAUUUCCCAGCCUCCAGACCGCUGGACCUUUGGCAUCUGCGCAAAUUAGAACUCACACUUGUUUUCUUGAGAGUUAAGAGAUGUUUUGGA